AUGUUUGAUGAAAUCACAUUAUUCGGUUCACUUGUCCCCGUCAGCGGCAUAAUGUUCGCCAUUUACAUUCUAAUUCUGUUGGUGGUUGUAGCGUCAGCAGAUUAUAAAUGUAGGAUCGAGGGAAAAGUUCCGCAAUCCAUGAAAAAGCAAAUAGUCGAUCUUCACAAUCAGCUUCGUCAGCAACUCGCAAAUGGUGAGGUGCAGGGUGCAACGGGAAAACUGCCAAAAGCAAAGAAUAUGCCCAUGUUGCAAUGGGAUUGUGAUAUGGAGGCAUUGGCUGCAGAAAGAUUAAAGAACGGACGAUUGGACGUAAACUUCCUCGGUAUGGCUGGAUAUAACGACGAUGCAUUCACCGGGACAGGAUGUGUUCCACAACCGCUAAAUUUUGAAUGGGAUUUUGGGAGACGAAUUAGGAAUUGGUGGAAAGAAGCGGGAAGUAUAGCGGAACAAGAAGGACCUGUAGUUCGUCUCCCUUCAAACAACCAAAUACAUUUCGGACAGAUGGCUUUCGCUAACGUCACAGGAAUCGGUUGCAAUAUUUAUAAGUCUGGAAGAGUGACAUUCAUUCUAUGCUUAUACAACAGUCGCAUACGAGCAAACGCUGUCAUUUACGAGAAAGCCGAAGCUAAAGCCGUUUAG